AUGGAUUUCAAAUGCUGUAAAAAUAAAACCACUAAAGAAAUAAAAAACCUGUUUUGCAUUGUUUGCGCUAACGUUUUCCAUAAAAGUUGCUCGGAAAGAAAUGUCUUCCAAAAACUUGGGCAACACAAAAUCAUAUGCUCCAAAACUUGCUGUGAAGUCUUUGAACAAGGAAAAAACAACCAAGUUACUCUAGAGCAGCUUGACACAAAAUUAUUGGAAAAAAACGAAGAAAUCGCCUUAUUAGCAAACCUAGUAGAAAAACUCAAACAUGAAAUUCUGCAAAAGGACAUCAUGCAUGAAAAAAAGGAAAUUGACAAUCAAGACGUUGUCCAAAAGCUAAAUAUAGAAAUAACUGAUCUCCAAAAUGAUCUAAAACACAAAGAUAAUCAUAUCAAGAGAUUAGAGAGAGGCUCUCAAAGAUUUAAUGAGGAAGCAGAGGAAGUGGAAGAAAUUUUUAACAGAAAAAUAGUCGAGUUUCUCAAAACUAUAGAGGAUCUGCGACUAAAACUGCCUGAUUUAGAGUCUCAAGCAAAGAAAAUGAUCGAAGACGCAGGAUUUACUGUUGGUAAAGCUCAUUGUGCCAUCGAAGCCAAACCUCCGGUGCAAUGGAACAAGGGUAGAGCUUCGAUUUACAUUUUGAGAACGGCUUUUGGGGUGGAUUGGAGCGAGAGAUUACGAAUCAUUUACGUUGGAGAUGAUGUCACCAACGAAGAUGCUAUGAUGGACCUGAAAAGUAUGGCAGCUACUUUCCGUGUCACCUCGUCGCACAUAAUCAAAAUUUCAGCGGAAAGGCGUGUGCCUUCGACCGAUUCAGUACUGACCAUGUUGAAAUGGGUGGAAAGGCAUUUGAGCAGGAGGAAGCUUCCAAUCGAUCCCGGCAAUUACAGAAGAAAUUCGAUGGCAAAAUCAAUCACUUCAGCUGUUCAAAUUGAAAUGUCCAUGCAAGUUCCUGGCUAUUCCAGUCCACCAUUGCCCAGCAAAAGUACGAAUUACCUGGGCAGUACUGUUACUCCCGUGUUUUCUCUCUACGUUUUUUAA